CCACGAUGAAGACUGCGCGUUUGAGUGUCCCUGGCAACGCCACGCUUUCGCCUUCUGGAAGCCUGCACUCCAGCUUGUGAGUGCUGCACUCCCGCACUCCAGAGCGGAACGAUGCCUCUGGAGGUGGUGGUGGAGCUGCAGAUCCGGGCGAUUUCUUGCCCAGGAGUGUUCCUGCCUGACAAACAAGAUGUGUACCUCGGGGUCUACCUCCUGAAUCAGUACCUGGAGACAAACAGCUUUCCCUCUGCGUUCCCCAUUAUGAUUCAGCAGAGCAUGAGAUUUGAAAAGGUAUUUGAAAGUGCAGUAGAUCCUGGAGCUGUAGUAGACCUUUUGGAAAGCUUCCUAACCAGGUUUGAAUUAAUACAGCUAGUUCCUCCAGUGUGGGAUGAGUUGGCCUACUAUGAAGAAAACACACGAGAUUUUCUUUUCCCAGAGCCCAAGCUGACACCUUCGCACCCUAGGAGGUGUAGGGAGGUGCUCAUGAAGACGGCUCUGGGUUUUCCAGGCAUUUCUCCCAAAAUAGAGUUUUCUACAAGGACAGCCAUCAGAGAAUGUGUGUUUCUGCAUAGAAACAGAUUUCUUGAAGAAAGACAGAAGUCACGAAGGCCUUUAUCUACAUCACAUGAACCAAUAUUUCCCUUAAAUACUAUAAAGAUGAAACUAAAGGAGAAUAAUCUCAACAGACUUCCCAAAGGCAUGCAAGCCCGGGCGCCCUCUCCGUAUUCUACCAGGCAUUUCUUCCAGGACCAGCCAGCUCAGUUGAACCUUGGAAAUAAUUUCAAAAUCUCUGGGGGAAGCAAGCCUCCAUUUGUUGUUAGACAUGUGGACAGUGCAAAGCCCUUUGGUGAGAAUAUUUCAGAGCAUCAUUUGAGGAGGUCUAGAAGAAAAUCUAAGUUUUCAGACUUUCCGUUUCCAACGAGAAGAGCUUCUUCUCUUGACAGCCUUGCAGCUAACGUAAAGGUUAUUAAAGAGCCAGAUGAACGGAUUGUUUUAAGGAGUGACUCAUCAUCACGUUUAGAUUCAAGUCAGUUUGGAAAGUCCUCAUCCAGUAAACAAGGAGAUACUGAUUUCCACGGGAAAGCUUCAUUUGCCACCUACCAGCAUUCCAGCUCUCCCGGCCCCUUGGGUCAGCCCCUUCUCAGAGAAAGGUUCCAUCCUGGUUCUCAGUCCACAUGGAAGAAUAUCCAUGAGAGGGUAUGCAGUCUUCUAACAUCCCACAGAGCGCAGCAGCACCAAAACAAGGAAGAUUCUACCUCUGAAGUAAAUUAUAUCAUUGAAAGACCAAGCUACCCUCUGAAGAAAUACCCACUGCAUGAACAGAGAUAUUUUUAAGCUACUGUCUUAUGGGAAAUUAAUGAAAGCUUAAGGAGGAUCAUGAAGAGCUCACUCACUGAGACAAUUGAAGCAUCCUUAAAGAAAUGAACACUUUUUGUUGUCUGUGUUGAGUCACUGAUGUCUAAUCCCCUUUAAACCAAACCCUGUACUCAGUCUUUUGUGCCCAGGUAAGAGUUGUUGAUUAAAGUGUUUGCUGUUUGGGGGCUCACA